CGGGAGCUUGGACAAAAGUGCUCGGUUUCCACUUGGCCUGCAAAGUGCCGCCGUUUCCGCCGCCGCCGCUGCUGCUUCUGCGCCCGUGCAGCGGGUUCUGGGGAGAGCCGGGAAGGCGUCAAGCUGCUGCGUCAGCAGUUUCCCACGGCGAGGCUCCGCGUCGCGGCGUGUUCGCGUCUCCCGUUGUGCCGAGCGCGUCUGUCAUCAUGGGUAAUGGCAUCAACAAGGUCCUGCCUGAUUUGUACUUGGGGAAUUUCAAAGAUGCCAGAGACAGAGAACAGUUGGCGAGGAACAACAUCACGCACAUCCUGUCCAUUCACGACAACCCAGGCUGCACCCUCCAGGAGAUGACCUAUCUCUGCAUUACGGCGGCUGACCUGCCCACACAAAACCUGACCCAGCACUUUAAACAAAGCAUAAUGUUCAUGCACGAGUCGCGUCUGAAAGGAGAGGGCUGCCUCGUUCACUGUCUGGCCGGCGUGUCCCGCAGCGUCACCCUGGUGGUGGCCUACAUCAUGACGGUGACCGGGCUGGGCUGGCAGCAGGCGCUGGCUGCAGUGAAGGCGGCCCGGCCCUGCGCGGGGCCCAACGUGGGCUUCCAGCAGCAGCUGCAGGACUUCGAGGCCACGCAGGCCGCUGAGUUCAGAAAGUGGUUCCAAAUGGAAUAUAAAGACAACCCCUUCGACGAUGAGGCGCAUAUACAGGACUUGCUCUCCAGGGCGUCCGAGGUCAGAGGCGGGCGACGGACACCUCCACCUGACAGCGUCUGAGCAGCUCCACUCUCUGCUUUGAUUUUUUUAAAUGACCAAAAUGUUUUGUCGUUGUUGUUUUUGCACCGCGUGGCUUCAAGUUGUGGAAAUAAAAGGGCGCGCUGCGAGGCUGUGUGCGUCGGUGGGCUGACAUGUCGGAGGUGAUAAGACACAUUCGGUGCCGUGUUUACUGCUGUUUCCUGGUUCUCUUCCUGUUUGUCUUCUGUGCGAGGGAGGUCGUGCAUGGUUGCUUCAAAAACACCCAGUGCGCCUUCAGUGUUUAAGCUGAAAAAAUGUCAUUGGACCUAGAGGCUUUUAGAGCAGAUCUAUUCCUCCACGGUCACGACCUCCUGACGCCACGCGCUGCGAGGACUGCGCCACGUUAACCACUGGGGGGCAGUAAUUACAAUAAAGUUCUCUAGAAAUUUG